GCUAACCCAAAGUCGUCAAACAGGUCCCAAAAGAAGAAGAUCUUGACAAGUAGAUCCGUGACUAGAGCGUAGCAUAGGACCGUAACCCAGUGAGCACAUAGUGUGGUAUAGAUGAUACAACAAUAGCCACACUCCAAAAUAGCAAAAGAGCCCCAACCCCCAUUAUUAUUGAUUGAGAAAUAGAGAAGAGAAUUCGGUGAAAAUAUUCAGCAAAAAGAUGGAAGCUCUGCGUCUUUCAACUUCAUUCGCAGGGAUCAAUUGUUCAAUCUACAAAACUAGAAGGAGAAUUAAAGUCAACCGCAAUGUCCUGCUCUCUUCAUUGAAAUCCAAACCUUCAAUUUCAAUUAGGAGCUCCACUCAAUUCCGCGGUCGCAUCCACUGCGCUGCUUGUAACUGUGGCCACAGUCACCAUCAUCAUCACCACCAUGACCAUGAACAUGGCCAUGAUCAUCACCACCAUGGUCAUGAUGAAGGUGAUGGGAAGCUUACGAAAUCCCAGGAGCUAUUUCUCAAAUUCGCCAGAGCUAUCAGAUGGACCCACUUGGCGAAUAUCUUGAGAGAGCAUUUAGAGCUUUGCUGUUGCUCUGCGGCUUUGUUUAUUGCUGCCGCUGCUUGCCCUUACUUUCUUCCCCAGCCAGCUGUUCUGCCUCUCCAGCGUGUUUUCACUCUCAUUGCCUUCCCUCUCGUUGGGGUCUCAGCAUCACUUGAUGCGUUAAUGGACAUUACUGGUGGCAAAAUAAAUAUUCAUGUACUGAUGGCUCUUGCAGCUUUUGCAUCAGUUUUUAUGGGGAACAUAUUGGAAGGUGGCUUGCUUCUUGCAAUGUUUAAUUUGGCUCAUAUAGCUGAAGAGUACUUCACUAGUCGCUCCAAGGGUGACGUAAAGGAAUUAAAAGAAAACCAUCCAGAAUUUGCUCUUGUGCUGCAUGUUGACAAUCAAACUUUGCCUAGUUUUGCUGACUUGACAUACAGUGAAGUUCCAGUGAGUGACCUGGAAGUUGGCUCAUUUAUAUUGGUUAAAGCUGGUGAGUCAGUACCAGUAGACUGUGAAGUUUCCCGAGGUAGAACAACAAUUACUAUUGAGCAUUUGACAGGAGAAGUCAAACCUUUAGAAAGGAAAGAGGGGGACAGUAUUCCUGGAGGUGCACGAAACCUGGACGGUAUGUUGAUAGUGAAGGCAAAGAAGACGUGGAAAGAGUCCAUGCUCAGCAGAAUUGUGCAGCUGACAGAAGAAGCUCAGCUAAGUAAACCAAAACUUCAAAGAUGGCUUGACAAAUUUGGCGAGCAGUACAGUAAAGCAGUUGUGUUAUUAUCUCUAGCAGUUGCGUUUCUUGGUCCAUUCCUUUUCAAGUGGCCUUUCAUUAGCACCGCAGCUUGCAGAGGAUCAGUUUACCGAGCAUUGGGCCUCAUGGUGGCUGCAUCACCUUGUGCGUUAGCUGUGGCACCGUUGGCUUAUGCAACUGCCAUCAGUGCCUGUGCAAAAAGGGGGAUAUUGCUUAAAGGUGGACAAGUUCUUGAUGCCUUGGCUUCAUGUCAUAGUAUUGCAUUUGACAAAACUGGUACACUGACAACUGGGGAGUUCAUGUGCAAAGCAAUUGAACCGAUACAUGGACAUGGAAAAAGAAUUGCUUCUUGUUGUGUCCCCAGCUGUGAGAAAGAAGCACUUGCUGUUGCAGCUGCAAUGGAGAGGGGUACAACUCACCCGAUUGGAAGAGCUGUUGUAGAUCAUAGCACAGGCAAAGACCUCCCCUCAGUUUCAGUUGAAAGUUUUGAGAAUUUACCUGGUAGAGGCAUAUUUGCAACAAUAUCAAGCUUUGAGCCAGGACUCGGAGGCGGUAAACCGUGGAAAGCUUUUCUUGGUUCUGUGGAAUACAUCACCUCACUUUUCCACUCUGAAGAUGAAUCGAGAAGAGUUCAGGAGGCAGUAAGCACAUCGUCUUUUGGAGGUGAUUUUGUCCACGCUGCUCUCUCUGUUAAUAAUCAAAAGGUAACUCUUUUUCACUUUGAAGAUAAGCCUAGACCUGGAGUUCUAGACGUUGUACAGACACUGCAGAAUCAAGCUAAACUUCGUGUUUUAAUGUUAACUGGUGACCAUGAGGCGAGUGCACGUAGAGUUGCUAAAGCUGUGGGUAUCAAAGAAGUUAACUACAGCCUAAAGCCAGAGGAUAAACUUUUUCAUGUUACAAGCAUUUCAAGGGAUACAGGCGGCCUCAUAAUGGUAGGUGAUGGCAUCAAUGAUGCCCCAGCACUUGCUGCAGCUACCGUUGGUAUUGUGCUGGCGGAACGAGCUAGUGCGGCUGCCAUAGCUGUUGCGGAUGUACUGUUGCUACAAGACAAUAUUUCCGGUGUCCCAUUUUGUGUUGCGAAAUCUCGUCAAACAACAUCCUUGAUCAAGCAAAAUGUGGCACUUGCUUUGUCUAGCAUUCUUUUGGCCUCUCUUACAUCAGUAUUGGGAGUCCUCCCACUGUGGUUGACGGUCCUCUUGCAUGAAGGUGGCACGCUUCUUGUUUGUCUCAAUUCUGUUCGUGCUCUAAAUCCUCCAACAUGGUCAUGGAGGGAGGAUGUUUCACAAAUGAUUGACAAAUUGCAUUCUCUAAUUAUGUUCUUGAGGCAUGGCACCCUACCUAGCACCAUUCAAGCAGCCCAUUUGUGAGUAUUGACUUCCUGCACUGUAGCUGUUCACAUGCCAAUUGAGAUGGAGUGUCGAAAACUUUGUUGUCAGAAAGUGAAGAAUACUGCACUGUACAUGUUGAACCUCUUCAACUAGAUUGUCAGGUGUACACUUGAGGCUAAAUCAGCCAUAUAUAUUCUUUUCCAUGUUACUGUAAAGAUGUAAGCGGCAAAGUAUCUAAUUUUAAUGCAGGACGUUAGGGAACCAUUAAUCAUAAAGUUGGUUGUCUUUGUCUUGUACCACAUUUGUACAAGUCUCCUAUUGGAAAACGGAGUUCUGGUCUUAUCUUAAAUGGCUUGGUCAAACGUUCAAUUUCAGUUAUGA